CGAGCGCUCGAGAACCAAGCAUCAUUUAGAAUUUAGGAAUUCCAAACCGAGUUAUAACUUGUUUUUCCUCCGCGGGAUUGCGAAGAAGAAGAAAAGACAACAGCGAUCAGACACUGAAGAAAGACUUCUGACACUGAGCUGUUUGUUGGACUUUGGACUUUCACUCUUUUUUGGGAGCGAUAUUGAAAUCCCCUUUUUGAAUAACUCGGGACACUGUUGAGAGAGACGACGAGUUGGUGCACGCUCUCUGCUGACACUGACAUUUUACUGAUUAUCGAGAGACUGUUUCUAAAAAAAAAAGAGCAGCUGGUAAGCUCACUUGUUUUUCUUACGACUUUAUGUCUACAAAGAUGGAACAGCCCUUUUACCAUGACGACUCUUUUCUGUCGGCUUACGGUCAGUCGGACGCAGCCAUGCACGACUACAAACUGCUAAAGCAGAAUAUGAAUAUGAAUUUGAACUUGACAGAGCCCUACCGCAGCCUGAAAUCCCAGCUGAGGGCCGAGAUAGACCCGUACCAAGGGGGGCACCAUGAUGUGGGGUCGCUGAAGCUCGCGUCCCCGGAGCUGGAGAGGCUCAUCAUCCAGAACAGUAACGGCGUGAUCACCACCCCGACCCCGGGCCAGUUCUUCUACAACCGGGGCAUCACCGAUGAGCAGGAGGGCUUCGCCGACGGCUUCGUGAAAGCCCUGGACGAGCUGCACAAGAUGAACCAGAUGCCCCCUCCCAACGUGUCCAUCGGAGCCGGCGGAGUUACGACGUGUUCGGCAGCAGCAGCGGUAGCGGCGGCCUCUGGCAUCUUCGGCUCCGCCCUGCAGCCGGAGCCUCCCAUCUACACCACACUGAACGCCUACUGCCCGAACACGAGCCUCUCUUCCGCGUCCAGCUACCCAACGGCCACCAUCAGCUAUCUGCCGCCGCACCAGCAGAGCCACCCGCAGUCCGCACCGCACGGAGCGCACCCGUUCCAGCACGCUCUCCCGGGCUCCGCGCUCCAUCCGCACCGGCUCGUCUCACUGAAAGAGGAGCCCCAGACCGUUCCCGACCUGCUCAGCAGCGACGGCUCGCCUCCCAUGUCCCCGAUCAACCUGGAGACCCAGGAGAGGAUCAAGGCGGAGCGCAAGAGGCUGAGGAACAGGCUGGCGGCGACCAAGUGCCGGCGGCGCAAGCUGGAGCGCAUCUCCCGGCUGGAGGAUAAGGUGAAGGGUCUGAAGAACGACAACGUGGGGCUGUCCAACACGGCGUCGGUGCUCCGGGAUCAGGUCGCGCAGCUCAAGCAGAAGGUCCUGACACACGUGAGCAGCGGCUGUCAGCUGAUGCUCACGAGCAAGUUGGAGGCGUUUUAAAACGACAGAGACUACUAACUGACUGAGAAGUAAUAACACUGGAGUCGCGCUCUGCACGCGCGGCACCGGGACACCGGGCUGGUGUGCUGUCAGCAUGGACAGCAGCACAGGCCCGCCGAGCUGUGCGUAGAACAAACUCUUUAGGCUAUUUAGGGGUGAAAAGAAAAAAUGGUACUUCCGGAUGCUGGACAUCGCUCAAAGCACCAUUCAACCCCUGAAACCGCGGGGCAGCAUCCAGACCGAGCAGACACUGAGCAGCGCGGCGUGCACAGACAGACCCACGAGUCGGGGUUUACUAAUGGUAGAACGUGGGAAUAAUUAGUGUAUUUCUUUGUACUUUUUGCAACCGAUAAUGUCAUGCAGUGCUGCAUUUAUUCAAUGUGUAAAUUAUUUUUUGUUUGUCCGGUUGAUCCGGCCAAACCAAUGACGUCCAAUGUUUACACUGUCUUUUUGUUUGUUUUUUAUUUGUGAUGUGUAUUUAAGUAAAGUGUCUCCAAAUGAAACGAAAAAA